AUGUCUGGCUACUCCAACGUUGGUAACCGUGGCGUCUACGAGGCUGGCGACCAGAGGAACGUCUCUGAGGCUGAGCGCAAGGCCGAGGAGUCCGACCCCUACAACGAGGGCAAGGAGAACUCCCACAACAACCUCGACUCUAAGGAUGAGCGAUCCAUCGCCAACCGACUCGCUGCUGAGGAGAAGAAGUCCGAGUCUGGCGACGAUACUGAGACUGCCCAAUUAAAGAAGGACCCUACCCUGCCUGCUCGCGCUCACGGUAACGAACCCUCCAAGGGCGCCAAGGUUGAUGCUCAGUUGCAAGCUGAGGAGGAAGAGGAGCUGAAGCGCAAGGGCAAGGCUUAA